UUCCUAUUCUAGAUCAAGAGGUCUCCGCUCCUUGGCUCCGAUCUGAUCUGUUUCCGGCUCCAACACCCAACCCAGCUGUUCUGCGCAGGUCAUAAUCCCCCUGUCGCUUUCCCUCCUUCUUCCUUCCCAUCCCCCCUCACCACCACCACACUCCCGAACAGUGGCGACUGCCGCUCUUCGGCCGUGAACCGACGGACAAGCAAAACACCAACGACCCCUCUCCAGACCAUAACAACCCCCGUCCACACUGUUGGCAGCUUCCCCAUAGAAAGCAGAGUCAGCAAUGGCCCGCACGGCAAAGUCGUCGGCCUCGCGGAGGUCCGGUCGCUCAUCCGGCUCGUCGACGUCCUCCAACAAGACGGUGCAGACCGAGACGUCCAAGCACAGCGUGCCCAUAAAGUCGGCGGCGACCUCAUUCCUCAUCUAUUUCGCCGGGGGCCGCCCGAGCCGCCACUCGCACCUGCGCAAGGAAAAGGUCACCACCGAGACCGACUACGGCGAGUACACCACCACCUACAUCGAGGACCAGUGGUACUUUGUCGGACAGCACUACGCCUACGAGGAAGACGACGACGGCUCCGUCUACAGCGGCAGCAGCUCAUCAUCCCCGACCCCCCGCCGCAGGAAGCCAAUGGCGGGCCGUCGCCGUCCGCCGGAUUCCGACUCCGACUCGGAUUCGGACUCUUCCUCGUCUGGCGAUAGCGCCGCCCCAUAUAACCCCGCCCCGAGGCCCGGUCCUCCAGGGGGCGUGCGCGCCGCGCCUCCUCCUGGCAUGCGCCCGCCAGGCCCGCCCGGCCCGCCCGGCAUGCGUCCGCCGUUCCCUCCGGGGGCUGGCGUGCCGCGCGCCUUCCCGCCUGGCGCAAGACCCAUGCGCCCGCCAGGGAUGCCAGGUCCGCCAGGGGGACCGCCGGGCAUGCCGGGUGGUAUGAGACCACCAAUGCCCAGGCCGAUGGGUGCAGCUGGUGGGCCUCCUCCUCCUCCUCCGCCGCCUGUCGGUUGAUUUCAUGAGGACGGGCAUUGUUACCGUUGCUUGGGCUGUAAUGACUUUUUAUGUCAAAAGAGAUAGCCGCCGGGGAAUGUUUGUCGUUUAUAACGAUCCUGCCCCGAAUGCUUGCCUCUCGAGUUUUUCUUGUUUUUCUUAUUCCUUGCGGGUUCGAGUCUCAUGUGGAAAUCAUUUUUGGAUAUUUGGGUUUGAGAAAACGGUGUUAUAUGGUGUUUAUUGGAAUUACGGAAGGGGGUACGGUAUGGGGGUAACGUUCAAGAUAUCUCUUAGGCAAGGGGGCGUUUUGCUAUUCUUCUUUUUCUUUUUUGCCGCUGAUUGCAAGGGCCGUUCUUGCCGUCUUUAUCUUUUUCUCUUCCAAUCCAUGUAUCAUAACUAUAUCAUUUGAAAGAAAACAUUAUAUGCGAACCGUUUC